UUCCAGUGCACAGAUGGAGGUCAGUACGGAGGAAGGAUAUUUUCACAGGUACGCCAAAAAGUUCCGCCGUACAGUUACGCCGAAAGAGUUCGAACAGUUUGCUUGCCUAGCGUCGGACGAGGAACGGUUCGCGUUCGUGAACGAGCUGAAAUGGCGCGUAGUGAAUGAGCUGCCACUCGAGCAGUCGUUAGAUAAGGGUAAAUUCUUGGAUCAAGCCCUGCAGCACAAGGUGAACGGUGAUCGAUUACAACGGGACGAGGAUUGGAGUGGAGCACUGAAAUGUUACAAUCAGAGCUAUUUGCUUCUGCCGGAAGAAAGUGCUCUCGAGAAAGCCCAUCUGCUGGACAAUCGAUCCCGCGUUCUGCUGCAGCUUGGCAAGCUCGACCAAUCGCUCGAGGAUGCCGAUCGGGCCAUUGCCUACGGAUAUCCGGCCGAACAGCUGGCAACAAUCUGGGAGCGCAAGGCGCGUAUUUUCCAAAGCAAGAAGGAUUUCAAAGCGGCCGUUGAAUGUUUCGACCAAGCGGUCCACUAUCUAGCGCAUCGUUCCACUUUACCUGCAAAGGAACGGGACGAAAGGAUUGAGGAGCUGCAAAAGCUCACCGACACCGUGUACUACCAGUAUAAAAAUGUACAGAAAUAUCUAGAACCGCCCAAAGGCACACGCCCGUUUCAACCUCACCUGGACGGGAGCGUACUGUACGAUAGCACUGAGGCGGAGGGUCGCUUUGCCAAGGCCAAGACAAUGCUGCGACCAAACCAGAUAAUUUUGAAAGAAAAACCACACGCCGCGACCCUGCUACAAGAGUACAGCGGCACGCACUGUAGCGAUUGUUUCGAGCGGAUCGAAGUGCUGUACUGUUGCCGGAGCUGUACCGAUGUUGUGUUUUGCUCGGGACGAUGUGAGCGAAAUGGGUGCGGUAGCUAUCAUCGAUACGAGUGCGGGUAUUUGGGUACGCUAUGGAAGUCCGGUGCCACUAUCGUUAGCUUGCUGGCACUAAGAGUUGUAACGCAGAAGCCUUACGCUUACUUCAACGAGAUACGGCAGGAUUUCCCCGGAUUGACGGCUAGUGUUACGGAUAGACUUCCAGACGAUGACUAUCGGAAGGUAUUCAACCUGGUUACGCACUCCGACAAGCGUAGCGCAGAGGAUUAUCUCGUUUGGACGCUGAUGGCUACCAUGCUAAACUCGGUACUGAGGAUGUCGAACUACAACCCAGAACCACAGGAAGAUAAUUUUCUUGGCUAUCUUUUGCUGCACAAUCUGCAGAUCAUCAACUACAAUGCACACGACGUGUCCGAGGUACAGCGCAAACAUUCGAACGAAACCGGCAUAUCUGUUGCGGUGGGUGCUGCUCUCUAUCCGAUGUUGGCACUGUUCAAUCACUCCUGCGAUCCCGGCAUAGUGCGGUACUUCACCGGCACGACCGUGCACGUUCGGACGAUUAAGAAUAUCGCUCCCGGUGCGAUCAUUGCGGAAAACUAUGGACCACUUUACACGCGAAUGUCCCGCCCGGAGCGUCGCCAGCAGUUGGCGACCAAUUACAUGUUCGACUGUAACUGUCAGGCUUGUGCGGCAGAUUGGCCAACGUGUGCGAACAUGGUCCACUCGGUAAUACGGUUCCGGUGUACGGGUGCCGGAUGCCGGGAGGCAGUACCGUACGAUCUUCACUCGGACUGCCAAGGAGUGCGAUGUAGCGCCUGUGGCCAUAUAGUGGACGUUGGCGAACGGAUCCGAAUGCUGCGGGAAGCGAGCAUGAUCAGCCGGUUCAACGAGGCAAGCCAUCUCUAUCAGGUGGGACUGUUCGAGCACGCACUGGCCAAGUAUGCGGCGAUCAUGAUGAUCUUGGAUGAAGUGCUUGUACCGCCGUAUCGCGAUUAUCACAUGUGCCAGCAGGGCAUGCGCCGCUGCUGUCUCGAUCUUGGAAGCUGUUACGUAUCAUGCCCCGGCAGCGAGAAGUAACGGAUCAUUC